AGAGCAGAUAUAAAGUUUGAUGAUAAAGUUGGUUGCUCUGAAACUCAACAAUGGCCUCAAUCCCCUGUACUCUCCAACCAAUCUUCGCUUCACACCCCAACAAUUCUUCAUCUUCUUCACAUCCCUCAACUCAAUACUCGCUCAAAAUCAGUUCUCAGUUUCUGGGUAUUCGAAAGAGACUUGGAUGGCUCAAACCCUCUAAAAUUGGACCCAGUAGUAGUGGUUCGAGAGCCACCUGUUGGUUCAGAUUUGGGAAGAACGGUGUUGAUGCUGAAGGUGCUGGCAUUUACGGUAGCCAAUCUCGUGACGAUUUCGAUCGCGACGAUGUUGAACAGUACUUCAACUACAUGGGAAUGCUUGCCGUUGAGGGUACAUAUGAUAAGAUGGAGGCUCUUUUAAGCCAAAACAUCCACCCCGUCGAUAUCCUUUUGAUGAUGGCUGCCUCAGAAGGUGACAAGCCAAAGAUCGAAGAGCUGCUAAGAGCCGGAGCUAGUUACACUGUCAAGGAUGCAAAUGGACUGACUGCAGUUGAUAAAGCAGCCAGUGAUGAAAUUAAAGAUCUUAUCCUCGGGUUUUCAGCUCAGAAGGCGUGAUCGAUAGUUAUCAAUAGUUUCAUUACAAUUAUGUGUUAAUGUCUUUAUGUUUCAAUUGACAAAUUUCCAAAUAUUAAUCCUUGUACCUUCUAAUCUUUUCGCUUAGCUGGAGUUUCGUUAUUCCAGUCCAUUUGAAUGGGAUGCUUUAGCUGGCUGUUGUCCUUGUGAUAGUGUUAUUGUUUAAUCUAAUUUAAUUUAUUUUCAAAAAAAA